AUGGUUCUUGUGGCAGUUGUCCUGAUUCUGAUAGAAAGAUUUGUGACCGACAUAAACGGGAUGCACAUGUCCAUUGGAUUCACCGUACCGUUUACCAUGAUCAUGAAGGAUCCCGCUUGGACAGCGAAAGAGGUUGGACUGAUCGUGUCGGGAUUCAACAACCACUCGGUGCACUGUACGAGCGACGAAGAGGUAAGGGGAACCACGGCGACAAACAGCCAACAGCAGCAAUUCCGGCCACUCACGCAAGCUGAUCUCGGCUUUCCAGAGAGUGAAGAGCCGGCCGGAAAAUUGUGGCAUUGCUGGGCAGGAAUAUGGCGGCUUGUUGCGAAAAAUCCGGUUCCCGUCUUGAGUCUCGCUGGCAUCGCCAUCAUCGGAUUUCCCACAGCCCGAGCCACUGGCAAUGAUGCGGCACUGGACACCUUUUUUCUCUUUUCCCUCUGGACUGGAACCUUGGCAGCGCAGUCAACAGUCAAAAACACGACACAUCUCCACCGACACCCACGGUGGCGAAUAGUGCUUGCCACGCUGCUCAAUGCUGUCUUGUGGACCUCGCUUGGAACAAUUGCCUACACGACUGCGAAAACAGCGGCGAAGCACGUGACCAUUGUGCAGGCUCUGAACAGUUUCCAUACCGGGACAACGCUGGCGGACCUGAUAUACGCGGGCUCGCAUAGUGACGCGACGAUGGGAGCCGGAGAUAUUGCUACUUCUGUCCUAGAUGCUGGCAUCGUGAUUUGGGGAUUGAAGCUGUUUGAGUGUCGGGCCCAGCUGUUUUCAAGGGCCGGCCUGACGGCACUCAUGGUGGGCUCCGUGUUUGCAGUCAUCAGCGUUGUCGGCGGGCCGCUGCUGGUGCAUGCUAUGGGCCUGAUACCGGCCAGCCGUGCGCUUGCAUUUGCGGCGCGCAGUGUCACUAUAGCGCUGGCUGGACCGGCAAUGACGAGCCUUGGCGGCGACUCUGGUCUCAAUGCAGCGAUGGUAGUAAUUAAUGGCAUCGUGUUCCAGGUGGCCAUGGGCUUGGGAGCUUGCCAGUGGACGGUCCGGAUGGUGAGUCACAUCGCCCGGCGCCUCAGCUUAGUCAGCCGAAGCGGCAGCAGAAGCUGCUGUGAAAGCAGAGAGAUCAACGAGAACAGCGAGUCCAGCAGCUACAUUCUACCUGGUUUGACGGUGCAGACAGAUUCAGCCCCGAUGCCAGUAUUGGCUCGUUGGGUAUCCAACAGCGACCAGAAUGUGACAUUGGAGGCCGAAAGAGCCGUUGUCGCAUACGCUGUUGAGAUGAAGGCAGGACUAGCAAAGGGAAGUGGGGGUGAAUGCAUGGUGUCCAUGCGUGGAGGUGAAGACAUUUCAGAUAACGAGACGGCGAGCAGUGACAGCCCUGGAACGGUAGCCGUGGGCAUGAUGGUCGGUGUCAAUGCCGCGGCCAUGGGCACAGCGUACCUGUACGAAGAAGCAUCUCGGGCAGCUCCGUAUGCGGCAUUGUCCAUGACCGUUUUUGGCGUUAUGGUGGUGGUCUUCACAGCAAUUAGGCCGCUGGCCGCCUGGUUGGCAUCGCAGGUGACCUAA